AUGCCGAAAAAGCCGAUAAAACGAGGCUACAAAAUUUGGACUUUGGCUGACGCAAAUGCAUAUUUAUAUGACUUUGAUGUUUAUACCGACAAAAGCGAUGUCUACGUGGAACAUUCCUUAGGGGAAAAGGUGAUACUUGGACUUACCGAGAAUUUCCAACAAAAAAAUUACUUGCUCUUCUUCGAUAACUUUUUCACCUCUUAUGGGUUAUUGAAAAUUCUCAAAGAAAGGGGGAUUCAUGCAUGUGGUACAGUUCAGUCGAACAGAAAACAUCUUCCAAAAAUGAUUGAAGAUAAACGUCUGAAGCAAGGUGAAUAUGAUUAUUCGAUAAGUACUGAUGGGAUCAGUUUAUUGAAAUGGACAGACAAAAGAGCAGUCCAUAUUUUGACCAAUUAUCAUGAUCUAACGGUAACAAGCACUGUCCAACGAAAACAAAAGGAUGGUACUAAAACCCCUGUUCCUUGUCCUAUGGCACUGGUGGACUACAAUAGUAACAUGAGCUUUGUGGACCGUUUCGACCAAAUGAAAUCAUCUUAUGAGCUAGAUCGUAAAAGUAAAAAAUGGUGGAUGAGAAUUUUUUUCCAUUUCAUUGAUUGCUGCGUCGUAAAUUCAUUCAUUCUCUAUCGACUGAGAGGUCUAAAAAAAUUACCCUUGAAAGAUUUUCGCCGAAGAGUUGUUGAUGGGUUAUUAGGAGAACGAUACGUCCAAAUUAGUGCAGAUCAUGAAACACAUUCGGAAGCACCUUUCAAGAAAAUAAAAAGAGCAGUACCAGACGAAGUGCGUUUCACGUCAUCAGAUCAUCAGCCUGUAAGGUCUACAAGACGAAGAUGA